AUGGCGCCGCUCGUCAGUACUACGAUUGGACGAGAAGGCAGGCGCAAGACCUCUCCGGAGUGGCGGCGCGUGGAGGACGAGGCGUUUUCCGUGCUGGAACGGGUGGACGACCUGCAUGAGACGUUUCGCGCCGUGCUGCAACACGCCCACGUUAAGGGGUUGACGGAACUGCAAAAGCUCGACGACGCGGCGCAGGUGUCCGCCGCCGGACUGGUCCGGGAGAUGGACAAGCAGGCAGCC